AUGUUCAAUGAUAAUCCACUCUGGCAACGGGUAUUUGGCCGUCCAUCUGCUGAAAAAGAAAAAAAGGAAGACGAAGAAAGUACGAGGCGUGCUUUUCAUGAACGGCUCUAUGCGCGUAUUGACGAAUUCACGCGGCAAGUGCAAGAACAGUCCGCGAGCGGAGAGUUUCGUUUUCCGGAUCCAGAUGAUUCUGAACCUGAGCCUGAACAGGAUUCACCAAGAUACUCCCCAUCUUACUAUGAAUGUAACUCUCCAUGUUACUCCCCAUCGAGCCCUCUUGACGGUGACGGUGAGCAGUGCUCAAGUGAACUGGCCGGAGUUAUUGACAACACAGACGAUGUUGAGGGUGCCGAUUCACCAGUUCCACAAUCACCUGAACGUAAGUAUGAUUUCUCUCAAGGAUAUCCACAGGAUCUCUUCCCGGGUGUGCAUUAUAAUCCAAUCGAAUCUCCAGUAAGCUCUCGAGAACUCUCUCCUCUUCCGGAACCACUCACGUUUCCAAUCAAUUGCAGAAAUGGCAACCUUCUUCCAAAGUUGGCCAACUUCCGGCAUACGAUUGAGUUUGGAUUCGAUCCAAGUAUGGGAGCUAGCACCAGUACAGGUCCGAGAACUAAUGGAGGACCGAGUGCCCGUGAGGAACCAGGCACCAGCGAAGUUCCGAGCACCGGUGGAGAACCAGCGGAGUGGGGUGGAGGACACUGGAGGGUAGCGGAUGACCUAACUAACAGUGAACGUCCGAGCACCAGUGAAAAACCGAGCGCCAGUGAAUUACAAUCACUUCCGAACAACAUUACAAAAGAAUUCCUACAAAAAAGAAAUAAGGAAAUGUACGAUGCUCUAUUUGAAUGUUGCGAAGCUAUGGAAAAAACCAAACUGGAUGUUGAACAGUGUGUUGAACAGAGCCAAGCGUCUGGUGUUCCACAAACCGCAGAGGAAAUCGUCUUAAACGAGGAUUACGCUAGAAAAUUGGCCUGGCAGCAGUAUUGUUUGACGUACAAUUACUAUAUGGGUCAUGAUAAAAUUAGCUUUGGCAUGAUCAUGGAUCCAUGUCCACAUAUCAUUCCUUCUGAGAACAUCCAAUUUUAUCAAGGCUCACCAAACCCUUCAAGCGGUUUUAUAUAUACAUCCUGCUAUGAGCUCGAAAAGGUUCGAAUUGAAAGCAACAAGAAUGCUCACGAGAACGAGAAACUGAAAAUCGAGAUCCAGAAAUUGGAGAAGGAAGUUCAACGGCUUACUGGAAAGGUACCUGAGCAACCGAAGGAGCAGACAAGUGGAGGUUUGUUGGAUUUUUUCUCAGAAUGUUUCAUGUGCAGUUUGAUUAUGCCAUUGGGAACCUCAAUGUGA